AUGGCGCCGCCGGAAGAGCCCGCUCCCACCUCUCGCGCCGGGCCCGCGCCGGGCCCGCGCCGGGCCCGCGCCGAGCCGGGGAGCCCCUGCUCCCCAAGGGGGGCCGAGGCCCGGCGAGCAGCGCCCGCACACACGCCGGGGGGACCGCAGGGAGAGCGGGGAGGGGGGGCGCUGGCCCCGGGAAGCCCCCCGUGGGCUAGAGCGCAGGCCUCCGCCGCAGGGCCGGCGUCUGCGCUGGGGGUGGGGGCGCGGAAGGAAGCCGGGUGUGAAGGAGCCACCGGACCGGAGAGGCCUCAGCCCCGGAGCCCUGCCAAGCGGCGGGGGAGCUGCUGGAGCCGGUCCAGCGCCGGGGCUGGCGAGCGCCACUGUUGA